AUGGAAGCUGCAACUUAUGAAGCCAUCGUCGUGGGUGCUGGGCCCGGCGGACUAGCCACGCUUGCAACACUGCUUGAUGUUGGAGUCAGGAACAUAUUGUGGGUGGAUACGACCUUUGGGGGUGGGAGAUUGAAUGAACUAUACCGGGAAAUAUCAUCUAACACUAAAGUUGGUAUUUACCUAGACGCAAUCUACGCCUCCCCUACCUGCCGUUCAAUCAUUCAAACUACCUCUGCGCCCAAUGCGAUCACACAACUAGAGUCAUUGGACAGAGAAUCGACCUGUCAGCUCAGUUUAGCCGGUGAUAUGAUUUACAUGCUACGGGAUGGGCUGCUACAAUUCCCAGAAGUGGAAAAGAAAGUGAGCAAAGUGGAACAGAUUUUUCUCGAUGAAGGGACUUGGACAGCCUCAAUGGCUGACACGAAGGUCAAGGCCAAACGUGUGUUUCUCUGCACCGGUUCUCAUCCGAAGUCCGCGUCGUUACAUCAACCAAUCAACCCCGAACUAAUCGUACUCGAUGUGGAUCAAUGCAUGCGUCGCUCGAAGCUGCCAUCGUUACUUCCAGAGGACUGUAAGUCGGUUGUGGGAGUGGUGGGCAACUCCCACUCUGGCAUUUUAUGCUGCUGGAACUUGUACGAGAUCUCCAAAUCUAACCAACGCGAUGUGAAAAUGUUCAACUUCCGCAGGCGGCCUCUUACAUACGCCAUAUACACCAAGGAUGGCAUAGUCUUUGAUAAUUCUGGUCUGAAAGGCAAGACGGCAGAAUGGGCGAAGAAUGUCAUGGAGAAGGAUCUGGAUCGUACCCGACUCGAAGAUAUCAAUUUGGGAAAGGACGAAGACUCAGUCUAUCGAGAAUAUCUCCCAAAAUGCACGCACAUCGUCUACGCAAUUGGAUAUGAACGGUCAUCACUGCCGGAAAUAUAUAUAAACGGUCAGCGGAGAGAAACGGAGGUUGAAUUUGACAUGCAUUCCUCUGGGUUUCACUAUCGAGGCGGAGGUGAGAGAGUUUUUGGACUUUAUGGUAAUGGCAUUGCCUUCCCCCAGUUGGUUAAAGACCCUGGAGGUCACAUAGAAGAGGCGGUGGGAGUUGCGAAAUUUUUCGGCUUUGCAGAGAAGGUGAAGGAAAGCUGGCUUUAUUGCCAGUAA